GGCACGCCGUAGUCGCGCAGCGCUGGGCGCGGGCUAACCAUGGCGGAGGUGGGCCGGGCUGCUGUGCGCGACCCGGGUGCGCUACUCCCGGGGGGCUUCUGGGCGGCGGUGGCCGUGUGGCUGGAGAGGCCGCAGGUGGCCAACAAACGGCUGUGUGGCGUCCGUCUGGAGGCCCGGCGGAGUGUGGCGUUGCCCCGGGCCGCUGCGGGACCCCGUCCUCGCUCCCCCGGCGAGGGCCUGGGUCCCGGGCAGACUACAGGCCCGGCGCGGGGCACCGCGAUUCGCGGGCCCGGGGAAUCGCAGCCCCGGCACGGGCAAAGGGAGAACCCGCAAAGGGAAGCGGCCGCCGCGGCUCGGCUCGCAGGGGGUUCCGGGCCGGCCGGCGAGGCUGGAGUCGGGGAGAGCGAGUUCCCUGCCUCGGAUCUGGAUUCUCUCUGGGACGCUUUCUCUCAGAGCCUCGACGGCGGCCAUCCAGAGCUGCUGGCCUUCCUUAGCGGGCCCGCGGCGGCAUCUCAGCCGGAGGCGCCGAGCGAGCUCGCCGUGGUUCUCAGAACCCUCAUCCCGAAAACAGGCCCUCGCUGCCCGCUUGCUGUCCCGAGGAGAGAACUAGUCGUGCAAGAUGUCCUCAAUGGAACUGUAACUUUUUUACCUUUGGAAGAAGAUGAUAGUGGGAAUGUAAAGGUUGAGACGAGCAACGUGUAUCAAAUCCGGCUCAGUCAGAGCCAGGAGGAAUGGUUCAUAUCUAUUUUAAUUUUCUGUCCAGAAAGAUGGCAUUCAGAUGGCAUUGUUUAUCCCCAGCCUGCCUGGCUGGGAGAAGAGCUGCUGGCCAGGUUGGCCCGGUGGUCUGUGGAGAGCAAGAAGAGCGGAUUUAAAAGCACCCUGUCCCUCAUUUCCAUCAUCAAGUACAGCAAAACAUACCAGAUGCUUAAGGAGAAGUAUAAAGACAUGGUCAAGGUGUGGCCCGAAGUAACCGAUCCUGAGAAGUUUGUGUAUGAAGAUGUGGCUAUUGCUGCAUACCUGCUGAUUUUGUGGGAAGAAGAAAGAGCUGAACUGGGCUUGACCGCCAAGCAGUCCUUUAUUGACUUAGGAUGCGGGAACGGUCUCCUCGUCCAUAUCCUGAGCACCGAGGGGCACCCAGGCAGAGGGAUCGAUGUCCGGAGAAGAAAAAUCUGGGACAUGUAUGGACCACAGACUUGCUUGGAGGAAGGUGCAAUCACCCCAAGUGAUAAGACCCUUUUCCCUGACGUUGAUUGGUUGAUUGGUAACCAUUCCGAUGAACUGACGCCGUGGGUACCCGUCAUUGCAGCCCGGUCCUCCUAUGGCUGCCGUUUCUUUGUCCUUCCCUGCUGCUUCUUUGACUUCACUGGGAAGUACUCCCGGAGGCAGAGCAGGAAGACUCAGUACCGAGAGUACCUUGAUUUCGUCACAGAAGUGGGACUGGCCUGCGGGUUUCACGUCGAGGAGGACUGCCUGCGCAUCCCGUCAACCAAAAGGGUUUGUCUCAUCGGGAAAUCCAGAACAUACCCACCUGCUGGAGAAGUUUCCAUGGAUGAGCAGAGAACCCAGUACAUUAACAGCAGGCGGGGCCGCCCCGUGAGCCCACCCAAUGAGGUGUCUGUCCCUCUUCCACCCCGGGCCACAGUGGGACACGCAGGUCACCCUGACGGGCACCAGACCUUGGACACCGGGGCUGCCACAGGAAGGGCGGAGAUCCGGGCCGACCAACUCUGGCUGUCUGGAUUUCAGCCUAGAGAGAAAGCUGAGCGCGUGAGGAACUGUGCCACCCUUCCUCGAGAUUUUAUUGACCAAGUGGUUUUGCAAGUGGCACAUUUGCUGUUGAAUGGAGAGCAGUUAAACACAGGAAGCGCUUCCAGCAGCAGCUCCAAGGCCUGGAACCGAGGAGGAAGCCUCUCCUUGGCGGAAGUGGCCCAUGAGCUGGCUGGGGAGACACUGCAGAGGUUGAAGCGGGAGUGUGGAGGCCUGCAGACGCUGCUCAGAAACAACCAUCAGGUGUUUGAAGUUGUGAACGGGAGAGUUCACAUUCGCGACUGGAGAGAAAAGAAGCUACAGAGGCAGCUGCACUCGGAAGCAAAGCGAAGACUCUGCUCGGAAGCUUUCAAGACCCGCAUGUGCUGGUUCUACAGUCACCACCCCGAUGGCUGUGUUCUGCCUUCGGACAGCUGCCCGUUUGCCCACGGGCCAGCAGAGCUGCGGCCGCCCCAGACACCCAAGAGGAAGAAGCCAGUUCUGUGAGCUGCUUCCGCCAUGUGCGAGGGGCACACCCUGGCUCCCUUGGGGACUGCAGACUCUGCAGGUUCGGGUGACUUCCUCUGGAUUCCCCUGUAAUGUGGCCUGUUAGUUACAUGCACACCAGACGCUGCAGAAGCUGGUGUCCCUCCUGCAUCCGCCCCUGAGUCAGUGCUGGUGCUGUGUUGUAAACGGGGUCACACCUGUGCUUAGCAUCUUUAUUCCAGAAAGAGCACAGGAGCACUUGGAACAUCUCAUUGUCUUGAAGGUGAGGAAGUGCCUGGGACCAUCUGGCCCCUCUCGGGAGCUUCUCUCGGGAGCUUGGCUCGUGCUCGCUAGACUCGUGGCUGAGAGCGAGCUCACCCCAGGAGCACAGCCGGUCCUGUCAUGUCUUCAGCUAGGUCGUACUAGGUGAUAGGAAAGAAAAUCCUAAGUGAUACCCAACAAGGCCAGAAAAUCUAAAGAUCACAGAAAGCGGAAACCCCCUUGCCGUCCCUCUCUACUAGACCUCCCAGAAGUGCUGCCAGCGGAUCUUUUUGUUCUGGAGAAAAAAAAAAAUCCCCUGUGUGUUUCUGUUUGAAAUUAUUUUUUCAGUUUUACAUGAAAGGUCACGUCGA